UACCAAAUACUAAUCAUGAAACAACGACUUGAACAAAGUCAACAUAGGCAGCCAUGCGAAAACCUGUUUGUUUCUCUUCCAACUUCAAUUUCUAUCUGAAACACAGCACAGUUACACCUUACAAGCAAUGACCAACCUUGCUUUUCUCCAUAUCAUUCUUCUUCUUUUCUUCUGUAAAUAUUCAAUAGCUCAACUUAAGACGAUUACUCAAAACCAAUCUCUCAACGACGAUGGAAAAUCUCUGGUUUCUAAAGAAGAAAGGUUUGAGCUUGGCUUCUUCAGUCCAGGAAAAUCCAGUAAUCGUUAUCUAGGAAUUUGGUACAAAAACAUCCCAAGAUCUGUCACUACGGUUUGGGUUGCAAAUAGAUGCAACCCCAUCAACACUUCAUCUGGGAAGCUUUCUGUUAACAACCAUGGCGGUAUUGAGCUUUCAGAUGGAAAAGGAAGUGUCUUUUGGUCUUUCAACUUAACUAAAGAGGCCAAGAAACCCAAAUUAGAGCUCCUAGAUUCUGGGAAUCUUGUUGUGACAGAUGAGGAAGACUCCAACCCAGAAAAUUACUUGUGGCAAAGCUUUGACUAUCCUACAGAUACUUUGUUACCGGGCAUGAAAUUGGGAUGGGACAUGAAAACGGGUAGAAAGUGGGAACUAAGUGCAUGGAAAAACCCAGAUGAUCCCUGUUCUGGAGAAUUAUCUUUGGAUAUUGGUAGGGAUGAAAAAAAUAGUAACAAUGAUGACUACCCAGAAUUAGUUUUUCAUAAGAAAAAAGCUGUCUUUUUUCGAUCUGGGCCAUGGAAUGGUUUAUAUUUCAGUGGUAUUCCUUAUUUUCAGUCUAAUUCACUUUUUAAUUUCUCUGUCACAGACAAAGAUUUGGAAGUUUAUUUCAGUUACAACUUAAAGAAUAGUUCAACAAUAUCAAGCAUAGUUUUGAAUGCAGCAAAAAGCACCUUGGCCCAUUUAACAUGGGUUGAAAGUGAGCAAUUAUGGGACUCAAAUUUCUCAAUUCCUUCUGAUGCUUGUGACAUUUACAAUGUGUGUGGAGCUAAUGCUAAUUGCAUCAUAAAUAGUGUUCCAAUAUGUGGAUGCCUAAGGGGUUUCAAACCCAAGAAUGUGAAAGAAUGGGAUAUAAUGGAUUGGUCUAAUGGAUGUGUAAGAUCGAUAUCAACAGAGUGUGACACCAAGAUGGUAAAUGGGUUUAUGAAAUUAUCUGGUUUGAAAUUGCCAGAUACUAGAAAUGCAUGGGUGGAUAAAGAUACAAGUUUGAGGGAAUGUCAAGGGAGAUGUUUCAGCAAUUGUUCUUGUACGGCUUAUUCGAAUUUGGAUAUUAGAGAACAAGGCAGUGGGUGUGUUAAUUGGUUUGGUGAUAUAAUUGGUAUUAGACAAAAUAUAGGAGGUGUGGUUAGUGGACUUGAUCUUUAUGUUCGUACUGCGGAUUCAGAACUAGCAAUUGAUCAAUCAGGAGUAGUAAAAAGAGGAGGUAAAGGUGGUAAGAAAAGGGCCUUGAUUGUUGCAGUGGUUAUUGGAGGUAGUUGUUUCGGAAUAAUAUUCUUUGUUCUUGGUUGUUGCAUUUGCUGGAGGAGACACUUAUUAAAAGACAAAAAUGAGACAGUUAAGAAUAAUGGAAGCCAUGAGGAACUGGAUCUUCCUUUGUUCACCUUUUCACAAAUAACUACUGCUACUGAUAAUUUUUCAGAGAGAAAUAAGCUGGGGCAAGGUGGUUUUGGAUCUGUAUACAAAGGUGAGCUAGAAGAUGGGCACCAAAUUGCUGUGAAAAGGCUUUCCAUACGCUCUAAACAAGGGGUUAAUGAGUUCAAGAAUGAAGUAAACCUUAUUGCUAAGCUUCAACAUCGAAAUCUUGUAAAGCUUAUAGGUUGCUGCAUUGAAAGAGAAGAGAAAUUGUUAGUCUACGAGUACAUGUCGAACAAAAGCCUUGAUCGUUUAAUUUUUGAUCAAACACAAGGUAAACUAUUAGAAUGGCCAAAGCGAUACCAAAUUAUAUGUGGAAUUGCUAGAGGACUUCUUUAUCUCCAUCAUGAUUCGAGACUGAGAAUUGUUCAUAGAGAUCUCAAAGCAAGUAAUGUGUUACUUGAUGAUGGAAUGGUUCCUAAAAUCUCGGACUUUGGUAUGGCUAGAACUUUUGGAGGAGAUCAAAUUGAGGGAAACACAAACAGAGUAGUAGGAACUUUUGGUUAUAUGGCGCCAGAAUAUGCUUUUAGCGGCCAAUUCUCAACAAAGUCUGAUGUUUUUAGUUUCGGUGUAAUAGUGUUGGAGAUUGUAAGUGGCAAGAAAAGUAAUUCCUUUAAGCACCAGAAGAACAACCAUACCCUCAUUGGACAUGCAUGGAGUUUGCUAAAAGAAGGAAGGGCCUUUGAUUUGAUCGACGUGUUGUUAAGGGACUCAUGUGAGAAUCUUGAGGAAGUGGUGCGAUGCAUCCAUGUUGGUCUCUUAUGUGUUCAACAAAAUCUUAUGGAUAGACCUAGCAUGUCAUCUGUGGUUUUUAUGUUGGAAAAUGAGAAUGUAAUAUUGCCUCAACCCAAUCGACCAGGCUACUUCAUGGACACAAAUUUGCAAGCAAGAGAUGAGCUUUCCCUUACUAAUACUACUGACUCAGCAUAUUCACAAAAUACCAUGACUAUAACAACAAUCAUUGGUCGAUAGGUCUAUAAUAAUGAUAAUAUAAGAACAAGUAAAGAAUGGGGCUUACUAGUGAUCAUUCUGGCAUUUAUUAGUUUGUAAAGCAAAAACAAUGGCCUCUUUCUUUGUGUA